GCGUUUCCGCUGGCCACCCCGUCAUCGCUGUCUGCGACGAUGAGCACCAAUGUUCAAAGCCUGCUGGGUAACAGCCCAUCAUCAGAUGAGGUUUCUAUUUAUCUAAAGAGUCUUUCUUCGCUCGUUGAUGGUUCUGAUGCCGCUGUACCAGAAGUCAAAUCAUAUCCAGAUGCUGUCUACUUCAAUUAUUUCGCUAUCGGUCUUAGCUUCCUCUUUUCUCCUCAAAAUGGUUACAAACCAGCCAUGAAUCUCAGAAGGGACCAGAUAAAAGAUGAUAGUCUGGUCCUCGACAGCAUAGAUGUCUACAAUAUCCCCAAGCUUAAACCUUUAGCAGCCAACUCGGGGAAAUCCAGUCGAUCUGCUGAACUUGCUUUCUCCACACAUCCCGUGUCUCCCAUCAUUCUACCCCUGUCGAUCUCAGACGGCACUUCUAGACCCCUGACGAUAGAAAUCAUGCCUGAUACGACAGGGCAAAACUUUGUUGCGUGUCUGGGAGAGCCUGAGCGAAAGGGCGGCGGUGCAGGCCCAUCAUCGGGGUCAAUCGGCAUAUGGUGCGAAUGGCCCAAGGAUGGUAUCAUGGUUGAGUUUGGUGGAGACGAAGCUAAAGGACCUCAAGCAUGGGAGAGGGGGAAAGAUGCUGUCUGGAAGAUCAUCACUAUCUUUCCACCCAAGGCGACAUAGAUUCAUACAAGCUUAAGCUUAAGAGUGCCUGUACAUGCUGAACAGCAGUGUCUCGGCGUGUUAAUGUCGAUUGUAUGUACGUUUCAUGCGUUCCAUGGCUCGUUGUAUAGCAAAGGCUUUACAUGUAAUGGCUGUAUGUAAGCUGAUAUAUCGAUAAAUUAGAUACAACUGAUGGGUUGCUGCGCUCCACAUAGAAACUUAUAUUUACACCCGUGGUAUUCUUCUGCCCGUGGAUCACGUUGUGUUGUACUGUAAACAGCAUCCGUUCUCCACACCGUACAUGUGAAUCUCAGACACGCUUUAAGU